AGUGUUCCCGAGUCGAGAAUCCCGACACGACCUAAUUCACUUCUAGCUUCCUAUGACCACGCGCUAGCGUAACGUCAGAUCCAGCAAUCAGCUGCGGACGGUGACGUGAUUCAAAGAUUGGUUGAUGCAGUACAUUCAGAAGGAAGAACGAACAGGGAAGUUAUGAGUUUAUUGGAGAAUGUAUUACAGAGCAUGCCUGCUCUAUUGUAGUGUCACUUCGAAAUUAAAAAGCGGACAUUAAAUUUCUUCAAAUACAAGCUUCAAUACAAUGAGAUAGCCCCCUCUACAGAACGAGAGAGCUAUGUGUGAACCUAUUUUUGGCCAGUCAAAGAGAGGGCAGCCCCAGUCACCAACGGUGUGUGUAGAGAAUACUGAAACGUGGGAACAGAAUAAAAAAUUUACAGUUUAUAAAGUGAUGGUGACUGAAGAUAACCACACUUGGUUUGUGUUUCGGCGCUAUAAUGAAUUUCAUAAACUUUAUGAAUUUCUGAAGAAACAGGUACCUCAACCUCAAUUGAAAUUACCUGGAAAAAAACUUUUUGGAAAUAACUUAGAUCCAACAUUCAUACAAUCUCGACGAGAAGGUUUGGAUGCAUUUAUACGCCAAGUUAUGGAAGAUAACAGGCUUGUCCAAAUACCAGAGGUUCGGGAGUUCUUUCAUCUUGAUCGUCGUAAAUUAAGUUCGGAAGAAGGCAGUGUUGAAGAAAGUAGUGAAGAUGGUCAGAAAGAAGUAACUCGUGAGAAGGUAAAUCUUGGUCCAUCGGAAAGGCCACAUGCACGACCAAGUGAUUUCGAGUUCUUGCAUGUCAUUGGAAAAGGCAGCUUUGGAAAAGUUCUCCUUGCUCGUCAUGUUAUAGAAAAACAAUAUUAUGCUGUAAAGGUUUUGAGCAAAAAACUUAUUAUGAAACGUAAUGAGGCUAAACACAUAAUGUCUGAGAGGAAUGUGCUUCUUAAGAAUCUACAUCAUCCAUUUUUGGUUGGAUUGCAUUAUAGUUUUCAGACACCUGAUAAAUUGUAUUUUGUUUUGGACUAUGUUAAUGGUGGAGAGUUGUUUUUUCAUCUGCAAAGGGAACGUGUGUUUUCUGAAGCGCGUUCUAGAUUUUAUAGUGCUGAAAUUGCAUCUGCUCUUGGUUAUUUACAUGCUCAUGGAAUUGUGUAUCGUGAUCUCAAGCCUGAGAAUUUAUUGUUAGAUUCUGUAGGACAUGUGAUUUUGACCGACUUUGGUUUAUCUAAAGAAGGCCUACUACCGACUGACACUACUAAUACAUUCUGUGGCACACCAGAAUAUUUGGCUCCGGAAGUAUUACGGAAAGAGGGAUAUGAUAAAUCCGUUGAUUGGUGGUGCCUGGGAGCUGUGUUGUAUGAGAUGCUGUAUGGACUUCCACCUUUUUAUUCCCGAAAUACUGCAGAUAUGUAUGAUAGAAUAUUGCAUAAACCACUGGUGUUGCGUUCCAGUGUCUCUGAAAAUGCUCGUGACAUUCUUGCUAAACUCCUACACAAGGAUCAGCACAGGAGACUGGGAUCUGGAUAUAGAGGUUUUGAUGAAGUAAAACAUCAUCAGUUUUUUAAACUAAUAAACUGGGAAGAUCUUCUGGCAAAGCGAAUUCCUCCUCCAUUCAAUCCUAAUGUGAAACAUGUAAUGGAUCUUCGGAACAUUGAUCCUGAAUUCACAAAGGAACCAGUCCCUGCUUCUGUGGGGCACUCCCAACCUGCAUGUGUCUUAUCAGCAAGUGUGAGAGAGGCAGAUGAGAUUUUUGCUGGGUUUUCAUAUGCUCCUCCAAUGGAUAUUGAGUAAAAUAAUUGUUAUAUGGUAGUUAGAUACAUGUCAAAAAGCCAAAAGGAAAUUUUUUUAAUCGUUGCAAAUUACAAAGUCUGAUUUUUUUGUGGAUGCAGGUUCUUUGGUGAUUCUCUGAUACUUUUAAGAUCUUGUGUCUUCCAUUAACAAUUACUACAUUUGUUGCUGAAGAUAUGUGUAUUAUAUAAACAUGACAUUAUAUUAAAAUAUCUUUAUUGUGCUUCUGGAGACUCUUUACAUUUCAGUGACCAUUAUCUUGUGUAGCCACUUGAAUGACAUUUUUACUUAAAUAUUAUUUCUGCGUUUAAGAUUAAAGAUGUCAUUUAAUAAAUUAAUUUUAUUGUUAUUAAAUAAUCAGUUUCUUAAUUUAAUCAUCACAAAAUUCAUUCAUCUUGUAUACGUGACUUUUGGGAUAGUUCAUUUUCUCACAUAUACUGUUAAUGAUUCUUUACUUUAAGCCAGAAUCAAAAUGGAACAGUAUUCUUCAAAGAUUUAUCUAUUGGAAGAAAAGUUAAAAUGAUCAUACUCAUGUCUUCAUUUGUUUUUCUUGUAAGUGCUUAGGGCCAAUACAAAUUGGUGACUUCAUAUAAUGUGUGUUAUAUUUUUCAGUAAUGCUCUGUGAUCAAAAUACAUUAAAUAUGUCAAGUUUGCAAAUAAGUAAUCCAGUGGUCUCCCAGUCCAAUGGUCUCUAAAUGUGUAAUAUAAGUGAAAUUGUUUUAAUACAAUCUAAACAAUGACCAACAUUGACUGGAUCUCUUGAUGCAUCAUUUUAUGCAUGAAAUGCCGUAUAUAUAUGCCUUCUGUUAAUAUUAUUGCUAUUUAUUUUUGUUUUAUGUGUAAUUUUUAUUUUAGUGUGUUCGUAAUAGUAUAGUGUGAUUUUUCAAAAAAUUGUAAUUGGCAUUUACCUUGUUGAUGUACCUGUUAAUGUGAUUUUGUAGUUUACAUUUGCUGCACGUCUUUGUAUUUGCGCCAUGUAUGUACCUUACUCAUUAUUCGAAAGCAAUCCAUUGAAGUAUUUCAUUCAAAAAGCAAAGUUUGUUAAAUGAAAAUUCUGAUAUAUUUGAACCAUUUCAAAACUAUUGUUAUGUUCAUCGUAGUGAAAAGAGUUGACUGUUGAGGAAAGAGAGAAAUUAUUGCUCAAAGACUUCAUGAAUUUUGACAUUUGUCUUCUAAUUAAUGUAUCUUUUUUGUCCAGAAUAGAAAUUUGACACCAAAUUAAUUGAGAAAAAGAAAAUUUUGCAGUGUUUUUUUGCUAAUUGAAAAUAUUUAGUUUGUAGGCAUUUCUGUGCAAUAUAAUAACUUUUUAUUGAACUUCAUUGUGGUCUGAAAGAACUUCAUUUGAUUUGGAAUAUUUUAGAUGCCCUUUAAACACAAUUUUUAAUCCCAAGGCUGUGAUGUCAGUAAGCAAAAAUUGGAAGUUUGUGUAUUAGGUCAUUUCAAUUGCAUUUAUAAUUAACAUUAAUGAAAUCAUUACGUGAUUUGAUUAACAGUAAUAAAAUCAUGAUUUAUGGAAGAAAUGUUAAAUGACAUUUAAGUGCAAUAGAACUUGUCUGUGGUUUUUUCAUAUAGUAAAAUCUACUUAAAAUAUUAAAAAAAACUAUUUCUAGAAGUAAAUGAUAAAUCAGAAUGACAUUUGAAGAGAAAUAUAUUUGUCAUUGUGGAUUUGACAACUCAUUAAGUGCAAUUCUUUAGUUUAAAAGAAUGAUCUAAGAAGUCAAUUAAUGCCAUGAGUAAACUUGUCAGUAAAUGUGCCAUAAAAUAAAAGAAAUAUUAAAAAUUCAAAAAUGUAUUCACCCUGGUAUCUUGUAUUUAUUUUUUAAUGUUAUCUUUGUGGUCUAGUUUUUCGUCAGUUGGUAGAGGAUUAUCAUAGAUCACCACCAUCCAUUCAUCUAUGUUAUAUUCCAAAACUUUUCAACAUUCCUGAACUCUGUUUGUAAACUAGUUUGUCCAUAGUUUAUUAGAUGAAAAACUAGCCAGAUUUUUAUUUCUUACUUGCAAAUACAUUCAUUGACUCAUUUAUUUUGAAGAUUUUAAUAGUAUUGUUAAAUGAGAGAUUGUAUUUCACAUUCUAUUUUUCUAUGUGUUAAUGUUUUUAUAUGUGUGUUGUUAGAGAACUUAAUAUGAAUCAUUUAAAAUAUUGCUACUAAGUGCCUUGUCUAUUUGUCAGUUUAUUGUGAUAAUGUUAGAUACCUUAUUAUAAAGGCCCAAAAUUGAAUAAAAUGUUUCAUAAAAUAUUUAUUAGAAAAUACAUUGUUGAUUAUAAAAUUAAUGCUGGAUGUAUUAUUUUCACCCAAGUUGUUGUAGUUGUAGACUGGAAAGCAUGAUAAAAAAAUUGAAGUUCACUCUGAUCUUCCUUUGAUGCAUUUCCCUUGAAACUUAUUUAUUUUCGAAAUGGAAAUAACUAAUUUUGUAUGAAUUACGUGUUUUACUACUUGAUGAGAUUCCCACACUCCAGAAAUCUUAUUAGUAACAAUGUCAUCACACAGGUUAUUUAAUGGUACUUGUAUUACAGGAUGAGAUUUUGAAUGUGAUGUACCAUAACUUAUCUAAAAAGAAUAAACAGG